AUGCUAAGUUACAGAAAAGAAUAUAGUGGCUCACAAGAGAAAAGAUUAACUGAAUUGAGACAGUUUGCACUUACUGAGGAGUGCACUUCUAAGGGUCCAAAAAUUAAGCUCCCUCAAAAGCUAAAAGAUCCUGGCAGCUUUACGAUUCCUGUGCGCAUUGGUAAUAUUGAUGUGGGUCUUGCUCUUCUGCAAUGGGUCUGGACUCCAAGGCCAACUACUGUGAUGUUGCAGCUGGCUGACAGAUCGAUAGCACACCAUGAUGGUGUGAUUGAAGAUGUGUUGCUGCAAAUUGGGAAAUUUAUUCUUCCCUGCUGA